ACCGUCGUUAUCAAGCCAUGCAUCAAACUACGCCAAGGGAAACUGGAAAUGUGUGUAGAACUGAUAAUGUAAGUGGUCAAAGGACUAGAGCUGUUUAGUUUCUGUCCAAUCCUUAUUGGCUGGCCCAAGUAUAUCAACAGUGUGUUCCUGUGUUGCUCCGUCAUUCGAUACGUCGCUGAUGGUAUAAACAUUUCUCUCUUUGUCUUCCGACACUCUGCACGUUAGAGGGCUAUUGUCUUGAUUAUCUCCUCUAAUCAACCAACAUGACUAAGACCAGCUUGGUGCUGACGGGACUUCUACUCUUCUUUGUACAAACAGUUUCAGAAGAGAACUGCACAGAUAUUCUAGAUACUUGCAAGACUCAUUUAGGGUCGAUCCUCAAUUCAAUAACAACGGAUAAGUCAUCGUUUUAUACCAGGGGUUGCCAAUCUAGAAGACACAGGGACAAUGAAUGCAACAUCUUGUACCAUAAUUUUUGGGCUUGUAUGGGAAGCAAAUUGUCUAAAUGUGGUGAUACGAAGUUCUUCAGGGAACUACAACUUUUUGAAACUGAUUACAUGAAUAGAUGCGCGCAAGGUAUGUGCGAAAUCAAGAUCGAUAAAUGCUUCUGUUUGAUUGAUCCCUUCGACAAAAGGAAUGAGUCAAAUGCUAUGUUGGCGGUGAGCAGGAGGUGCAAAGAGCAGAAAGUUGUAAAAGACUGCCUUAAUAAGAUUGAAGACUGUGAUCAUUCUACUACUAAGCUGCGGCCCAUCACACAUUAUAAAUUACUAAAACAACUUUGCACAACAGAAUGUCAUGCCUCGUUCCUGUGUGUUUCUGAUCUACUAAAUGCCGUUAUGUCUUCAGUUAAUGCUUCAGGUGAUACUGAAAACGUCUGCAGGCAUUUUAGAACACUCUUCCAGUGUUUCUCAGCCAACACCAAAGCCUGCAGUACCAACCACUCUGAGAACUGGCUGAGGAUUGAAAGAAACUUUGAGGCAGUUUGUUCAGCUUUUACACUGUGGCCAAAGUCUUCCAACUGUUCAAGCUUGAAGACCUGUGUAGGGAAAAAAGACUUCGCAGCGAGGAUCCUUUUCCUAGACGAGGUUACAAGCAGGGAAACUAUUGACAUGAACAUAGAAUACAUUAUUGCCUACGUUAACAAUCCAGGCUGGUGGUGUUCACUACUGAUACACGCACAAACAUGCCUGAAGACUGACGACUGUCACCUAAAUGCAUCAGAAGGACAACAAGCAUCGGCCUUCAAUGACACACUUGAACUUUGUGAAGGAACUGAUGACAGACACAGCUGUCCAGCGUAUCGUUACCUGUGUAAUCCAUCUCUCAAGUCAGAUGCACAGUUUGCUGCCAAAACCCGCCAGUCAAUCCAGUUCGUCCAGUGCCACGUCAUCCAAUCUGUGGAAACUACCUGCAUUUCCUUUGAGGAAAUCAAAACUUGUGCUAAUGAUAUUUUGCUGAGAAAUGUGUGUGAGAACUCAUCUGAGCUCAGCAGUGAGUUAAGAAACCUUCAAGAGUCUUACACUGACCCUUGUUCAAAAGACAACCUGUGUGCAGUGGAGCUCGUGAAGUGCGCGUGUACUGCCGAUCUCCUGGACACCGACAACAUGUGCAAGACGAUGGACACUUACAAGAACUGUGCAGGGAAGAUCAAAGGCUGUGAUAAGGCUACAACAGUGUGGCAGCCCCUCUCUGUUACAUUUAAAACGGCAGAAGGAGCUUGUACAACAGAAUGUCCCAGUUCUUUUACUUGCUGGAUGGAUGCUCAGGAUCAGGUAGACUACCUGUUUCCAAGACUGUAUUCUGCUGUUGAGACAAUGAAAAGCCACACUUGCAGGAGUCUUGUGGAACGGUUCCAGUGUCUCUCUAGAAACACCAGUUCAUGUAGUGACAGCCUCAGUCACAAAUGGCAGCAAGUUGUAAAAAGCUACGAGACGGUUUGUACAGUUUUUGAGCAAACCCCGACGAAGACUUGGUCCUGUCCAAGUGUCAGGACGUGUGUUGACGAAACAAAACUGGUGCCGGGGGUCAGUCUUGGUGACUUGAAGACACUGGUCUCUGUCUCGCUUUCCGCUGCAGACAUCGGAGUGGCCAUACUUACUCCCAGUACAUGGUGCAGGAUUCUAAUCAAUGCCACCGAGUGUAUGGUACAAGAGGCCGAAGCCUGUUUAUUGACAACAAUAAAGGAAAACCUUGCCGCUGCCAAUGCCACAGUGAGAAACUUAUGCAAAGAAAAGUUUGCAGACAAGGUGUCACUGUCGCCUCUUACUUAACAAUGUGCCGUCGAGAUUGUGCACCCCGGUUCAAUAAAGCCUUGAUUUUCUUCCCACCAGACCUUUGUGCUGUUAAAGUACUUUAAUAUUUAUUAUGCUUGUAAUUGAACCACACAAGAAACUGGUAUUAAUUCUACCAUUAGUUGACAAUUGCUUUGAGGCAAGGCGUUAUCUAUACUGCUAACACUAAUAGUCUAGAGUGAGUGUGAAAGUGUUACACUUAUUUACAAAAAAACCAUUGUUUUGUUUUCAGCACACAGACGUAAGAAAAGUUCAGUAAAUAUCAGUGUUUGUUUUUAAUUUGCUCACUGAUGUCUUGUUUUCUUAAAGAACAGCAGUGAAACGUGUUUCCGUCUCGUUCAGUCCUUUGCAUUUUGCUGUCGGAGGUGUGUGGAUGGACAUAAUCACAAGCCGACAAGGUUGCCCGCAAUGUCAAGCAGGUUUGAUAUGGUGAAGUCUUACAUUUAUAUGUUAUCCUUGUUGCUAAGCGUUUAUGUAUAUCUUUAACAUUUCCAGAAACACAAGUAUUCAUUUCCGAUCAUUUAGAUAUUAAACUGCUUGAAAACUGGACCCACUGACAUUUCAAAAUUUCUAGAAAUCCAAUUUGUGAGUUUCAAACAGAUUGAAUUAGUAAAUUAACAAUAAGCAACACAGAUGGUUGUGUGACUCCAGUGUUAUUGGAACGAAGUAUUAAAAAUAUAUAAUUAAAAUAUAGAAAUAUAAUUAACAAUAACUUUCUUCUCUCUAUUGUUUUUUUCAGAUUUCAUUUGCAACACUUCUAAUAGCUCGGCCCAAAGUACACAUGUGAGAGUCAGUGCAAGUACAAUUAAGUUCUUGUCCUCAUGUCCAUUCACCUGUGGCUGUCACGGACCUGUACAGGAGGAUGGCUGUGUGCCCAGACCAACGCUCGGCCUCUUGCGAUGUUCUCCGCUACUAGUCUUGGCGAGCAGUUGACAGACUUCCGCUUCAAACAAGUCUUGGCUCUCAAUGGGGUGAAGCUUUUGUCUGAGCCGCUCACCACUUGUCUUGCUUUGACACUUGCACAGUGGCAUUUUUGUUUGCGAGCCAUCCAGGGGACACAGAUUCAUGAUGUGACUCACUGUUAUUUUUUGCACACGUCAUCCUACGUUAUCUCCCUUCCUCAUGUGCUCCUGGUUAUGUUCCUUUAUUUGUUUAAAGACGAAUGAAUGACAUAAACUCUAA